CUUUUCGGUGAGUGGAGACUCUCGGAAAGCUUCCCUCGUUGCACUUAGUGAACUUGCGUUUUAGUAUGUAUGUGGGAUGUCUGCGAACGGGCACCGAAUCUCCUUGCUUCUCUCUCAGUCCGUAAGGAGGUCUGCGGUUAGGGUCUGGGUUAGGGUUGUCCGAUCUGGCCAGCGAGCGCGGUGCGGAUUUUCUCGCUUGAACAGCUUGAACUCGGCAAUUCUCCCACCCGCUUCCCAAUCGCAGGCAUCGCAAGCGGGCGACGAAACCACCUGCAGCACACCUACGUUCUAUAAGAGCAUAGCACGAUGCACUUGGCCUCGAGAACACUCGCCGCUGCCUCUUCUUCGCUGAGGCAGGGCGCAGUGGCCGCCGCAUUUCGACGUCCACUGCAGCAGACCGCCAGUUUGGCCACCGUAGCCCCGACAGCCAAACCCACCCGCACAUACGGCAACCUGAGCGACGAAGACAGGAUAUUCACCAACUUGUACGGCAAGCAUGACUGGAAACUCGCCGGCGCCAAGAAGCGUGGAGAUUGGUACAAGACGAAGGAAAUCAUCCACAAGGGCGACCAGUGGAUUAUCGAUGAAAUGAAGGCCUCGGGUCUGCGCGGUCGAGGUGGUGCUGGGUUCCCCUCAGGGAUGAAGUGGUCGUUCAUGAACAAGCCAGGAGGUCCCGACGGCCGUCCUCGAUAUCUGGUCGUCAACGCUGACGAAGGCGAACCGGGCACAUGCAAAGACCGCGAAAUCAUGCGUCACGAUCCACACAAGCUGGUCGAGGGAUGUCUUCUCGCCGGCCGUGCCAUGAACGCUAACGCUGCAUACAUCUACAUCCGUGGUGAAUUCUACCUCGAGGCGUCUAACCUCCAGGAAGCGGUCAACGAAGCGUACAAGAACGGGCUUAUUGGCAAGAACGCCUGCGGGUCUGGUUACGACUUUGACGUGUACGUUCACCGUGGGGCUGGAGCAUACAUUUGCGGAGAGGAGACCUCGUUGAUCGAGUCGAUCGAGGGAAAGCAGGGAAAGCCUAGAUUGAAGCCCCCAUUCCCUGCCGAUGUCGGUCUCUUCGGUUGCCCUACGACCGUCGCGAACGUCGAGACGGUAGCGGUCGCGCCUACCAUUCUCCGCCGUGGUGGAAAGUGGUUUGCUGGCCUUGGACGGGAGCGUAACAGCGGUACAAAGCUGUUCUGUAUUUCCGGGCACGUCAACAAGCCUUGCACAGUCGAAGAGGAGAUGUCGAUCCCCUUGAAGGAUCUCAUCGAGAAGCACUGUGGAGGAGUACGGGGUGGAUGGGACAACCUACUCGGCAUCAUUCCAGGCGGUUCUUCCGUCCCAGUCCUGCCAAAGCACAUCUGCGAGGAAGUCUUGAUGGACUUCGACUCCCUCCGGGACGCCCAAUCGGGUCUGGGAACCGCCGCCGUCAUCGUCAUGGACAAAAGCACCGACAUUGUCCGCGCCAUUUCCCGCCUCAGUGCAUUCUACCAGCAUGAGAGUUGUGGACAGUGCACACCGUGCAGGGAGGGAACUGGAUGGUUGGCCAACAUGAUGAAGCGCUUCGAGUCUGGAAACGCAAAGAAGGCGGAGAUUGAUAUGAUUGAGGAACUGAGUAGGCAGAUUGAGGGACACACUAUUUGCGCUUUGGGUGACGCCGCCGCGUGGCCAGUCCAAGGUCUUAUCCGCCACUUCCGCCCCGAAAUCGAGAGGAAGAUCGACGCUUUCCACGCACAGCGACAAAGUCAAGCCGCGUCUGCCCAGCUAUAAAGAUGACCGCAGAUUCCCCAUCCUUUCCCACUCCUACCGUUUUGAAAACAAACCACACAGGAAGAUACCUUAUGUCAAAAAUUAGGCUCCAUUUGUACUUUUUCUGAAAUAGAAGAUGGCUCUUUCUAUGAACAUCUACUCAAUUUGCUGGAACUACGUACAUACGUUCCUGGGAGUACUACUAGAUUGAUGGGUACCAAAGCAAAAAUGCUAUUCUAACUACAAUCAAAGUAAUCGCACACCGGGCGGUACA